CAAGAAAGCACACAGCUGCAGCUACCAGUUGAACACUUGAGAACCCCCUGGCCCCGUUUCCUCUACCUACUGGGCACAAGAGAGUUCCCAAGACACCCUCUCAAGCAAAACAGGUUUGCCUUAUGGAAGAUAGGAAUCGAUCGAAGGUUGUUUUAAAAGUGAAUUGAUCAAUUUUAUCGAUAGUAGAAAAAGUAAAACAUUGAAGAAUUGCUGUCUUUAAAUUAAGUUUAACACUUAAAAAUAAGGAUAUGAAAAGUUAUGUUUUUUUGCCGGUCUGUGACGUCAUGACGAAUAGCUACGGUGGUCGAGAAAGUGAUGACAGACACCACAAGCCAAUAUCAAACGUUAUGACACAAAAACCUUCAGCUACAGCGCAAUUUCAAAAGCCACAACAAAUAAAAACGACACAACACAAUAAUUUUAAGCCGCAACACAACUUUAAGCAACAAAACAUGUGACCGACACAACAAAGUGACAGCGGUACAAGUUACAGCGACGCACCAACUUCUAGAACACAACAUGAGGCGACAGCAACUAACAGCCAAGGAAAAGUAAUUUCAUCAGAAAGAAAGAAAUAGAAAACAUGGAUUAAGGAGGCAAUGGAAAUCAGGAAACGAGGAGCCAACACAAUCAACAAUGAUGAGGGGGCAUACAUGCUUCUACACACCUGGGACGCUGUCCUUCAUCGGCUACGCCAGGGCGUAGAACAGAUACUGUAUAGCUAGAUAAAGGAACUUUAUAUUGCGCCAUUAGUUGUUGUUUACUUGCUUGUUAGUAUCCACAAUUCAUUUAUAUCUCACUUCCUUACAAUAAAUAACAGGAAUAUAGGAAACUUCAUCUGCAGUCUCCAGGAAGUAGUAUUUAUUUCACAGUCGCACUGGUUGCUAAAGGUUUCUGAAUCGAUUUCAACUCACUGAAUCGUUACAGAUUGUAUCGUUCUAAAAAAUUAGUUUGUCCCUGAAUCGUAUCGGCAAUCGCAAUUAUCGAAUGAAUGGAUUCCUUGUUAAAACAAAUCGUUACACCCUACUACCUAGCCAAAACUGAAAGUUACAAACGCAAAACAAAACACAGAACCGUCCAAAAUUUCUUGAUAUCAUCACGGUUGCCCACCAAUGGGCCUUUUGUUGUUGAUUAUUGCAGGCUCAAUGAACACUUAUGUUAGAUUAGUCGCAAAUAUACUAUAGCACACUUCCCUUUGAAACUUAGGUACACUAACGGCAGAUACAACUCUGACAUGAAUUGUCCUGCUCUGUUGUCCAUGCCAAGCCUUACACCAUAAAGACACAACAUGCACUGCUGCAGACUGUCUUUACUUUCUUCAGAUACGAAUAUUUUGCAUGUCAUUUGUAACUAGGUGGAUACAUUCGCCACACAGUGCUAUCCAAAAGCACUGAACUUUGACCUUUUGCCCGCCGCCUGACUUGACAAUAGACAACUGUUAAGCCCUGUCUGCUGUCUGCUGUCUGCUGGGGCACAAUAGCCAAUCAACAAAAAGUACCAGACCCUGUUCGCAGACUAAUAUCCUAAAGGCAAGGAACUCCUGCGCAAUAGUGCAAUGAAAAACAUAAGACUGUGCGUCAAUGGUGCGUCAACAUUGUGCCUAUACUUUGAUGUUUAUUUUUAUUUUUAUUAUUCAAACAAUCAUGGCCAACUUCAAAGACAAGUUUCAGUUUGAGGAAGCAAUGGAGCUUGCAUCGAAUCAAUAAAAACUUUGGCAAAGUGUGAGAUUGGUCCUCACCUUUGAAACGCCUGAUCAUGACUCUAGAACAACCAAUGUAAAAUACCCAUUGUUUGUAGUAUUAUUGUUAAACAUGAAAUGGGACUAUUAAGACCUUAAUGUCUGGCCCAUUGAAUUUUCCAGGGCAUACCUCCAAAGUAGUUAUUUUGAAGGCAUGUUUUCUAAAUUAAAAUUCUCUUUUUGAGUGUUUUCUAACUCCUGUUCCUUAGUAUCAGUAGUACUUGUACACAAUAAAACUGUUGGGGAAGGAAUUCAUAAUGUUAGCUUUUGAAAUAGUCCAAAACCAUCUUGGAAUUUUCAAAAGCUGAUAAAACGUUUUUCCCCUGAAGAUUUAAUGAAAAUAGCUCCAUCUGGUGCGAGUAGUUUAAAAAACACUCUGUCAAAAUACUGCACAUCACAACUGCCUUUUCAGGUUGUUGGUUGGUUUGUUGAAGUUUAUUUUGAACAUGUACACAGUUUCAAUAUGAUACGUUACAUAUUUUACAUUAAAAUGUUUUGCUCAACAAGAUGUAGAUAAAAUUGAAAUUUCUCUGCAGUAUUUUCUUUUUCAUGUAUAGGUUUCAGCUGCCAUGUGAUUAUGCAACAGGAGAGGGCUAUGAUGAGUAAUGUUUUUUUAAUGACACCACAGUUAUUUGCGAGAUUUGAUAGAUCGAGACAUAUGUGAGAGAGAGAGAGCACAGUCCAAGUCUGCAAAAACCCAGAAAAGGUUAGACGGUCAUCACAGGGAGAUAUAAGCUUGGAGUCCAUUAGUGGAUUAUAAACUCUGUGGCCCCAGCAUCUCUUUUGGAUUAACAAGAGAGAGAGUGUGCGAAAGUGAAGCGAGAGAACUGAGCAGAACACUGUUCACAUACGUAGAGCUCAGAAACACUGGAGCUGCUGCAGCUGUGACAGCACACCUCCGGGAUAUCACCUCAAGCAAGCAUGGUCGUGGACGUGGAGGGGAUUAUUCGGUGCAUCAGGCACAGGGAUGAGAGUGACGUUCACACUCAGCUGCAGGAGUUCAACAGAGAGUAUGCCCAGUGUUUCUUCUUUGACGCAGAGGAGAGAGACCGGAGGAAACAAAGGAAGCUGGAAGAGUUUAGGAAAAAUAAAGUAAGAGAUUGUGCAGAUUCUGACUCUGAUUGUGACGAGAAUGACCAAGAGGACCGGGGUCUCCUCCUCAGACAGAGUUUGGCUGUGGUGCUGGUGAGGUUUAUAAGAACUGGAGUGCACUGCCAUCUGCUAAGAAUUGCACUCCGCACCCUUAGGAUCCUCUCCAGAGACAAGAGGGUCCUGGGCCCUUUGGUGACCGACAGCGCUCUCUUGACUCUGGCUAAACUGGCAGGACUGAGCACGAGUGAAUCAAACGAUGACGCCAGCGGCCCCGACUCUGAUUUCUACGACAACAUCAUGUCCUCUCUCUCUGAGGUCAAAGCACCGAUGUGUUGCGGCGAUGGUAGUGACGAUGAUGUCAAUGACCUAAAUGAAGAGUGCUCUGCAUUUGAAGACGAUGCAAAGAGUGACGUCAGCGCCUCCAACUACAGCGACGCGGACACUAUUAGCUGGCCCGGAAGCCACAGGCCCAGCAUUAUUGAAAUGCACAGAGGCAGCGUGCAUCACAAGGAGCUGGAGCGAGGGAGGAAGGACCGUCGUGAGAGCAAGAUGGAGGGCAACGAUGAAGAUGAGGAGGAUGGGACAUCAGUAGAGGAGAUGCAGAACAAGGAGGCUUUGAAGGUGUUAUGUAAUGUGGUGUACAACAGCACCUGGGCACAGGAGAGGUUCAGCGCACUCAGGCUAAUAAGCGGCCUCAAAGAGCGCCUCUCCUCCAGGAUCACUCACCCAGCUCCCUCCAGUGUUCAGUUCUAUGAAUUACGACUUACCUUCCUCAUCACUGCACUGCGACCUGAACUCAGCGCUCAGCUUCAGCAGGAGGGAGGCGUCUCCAUCCUCUCAGCGGCCCUGGAGGACUACCUGGAGGUGCAGUGGAAGGAGCAGUAUGACUGCGUGCUGGACCCGGCGGCGCCACCUAUUUCUCUGGAGGCCUCUCAGCGCAUCAUCGAGAUCCUGAAAAUCCUUUUCAACAUCACACACAGAGCCCAUGGACAUGCGCCGAGCGAGGCUGAUGCAGCACUAUACCGACAUCUAGUGGCAAUCCUGCGUCUCUGCAUGAUGAGGAAGUGCAUGUUGCCCGAGGACACAGAUGAACUGCAAGGUCAUACGAUCAACCUGUUAUCGGCGCUGCCUCUCCAGUGUCUGGAUGUUCUCCUGAUGGUGCCAUUGGAGCCCGACUCUGAGCAGUGCCAGGGGUUCAACAUGGACUGUGUCCACACCCUGCUGCUAUUCAUGGAGAGACGCUUGGAAUCAGGGGACAGAGUCAAAGAGAAACUAACUCCAAUUCUCAAUCUGCUGACAGAAAGCUGUCGGGCCCACAAAGAAACGCGCCAUUACAUUCGGAAAUAUAUCCUGCCUCCUCUGAGAGAUGUUUCUCAGAGGCCAGAGGACGGGUGCACUGUAAAAAGUCGGCUGGUCCGUCUCAUGACAAACCUGGACACGGACGUCAAACAUUGCGCUGCCGACCUUAUUUUUGUCCUCUGCAAGGAAAACGUGAGGCGAUUUGUGAAGUACACAGGCUACGGCAACGCGGCGGGACUCCUCGCCACCAGAGGCUUGCUGGGUGGACCCACGUCCAGAACCUCCUGCAGCAACACCCUGUACUCCAGCGACUCCGAUUCUGACACUGAGGAGUACCGACAGGUUAAAGACCGCAUCAACCCGGUCACUGGGAGAGUGGAGCGGGAGCAGACCGACCCCAUGGAGGGCAUGACGGAGGAGGAGAAGGAGGAGGAAGCUAAGAGGCUCAUUCAACUCUUCAACAAGCUGUCCAGGGAUAACAUUAUUCAGCCAAUGGGAGUGGAUGCAGAAGGAAAGCUGGUACCGAUGGCGGGACUGAGGGAGAACAGUCUCAUUGAAGAGUCGGCGUCAGACACGGAUGAAAAAGAGAAGGACUCAAAUCAAUGAAGUCUGUUCUGUGCUCCUUAAUAUCCUUUUUUGCUGUUUUAGUGCUUCAAUAUUUGUGGGUAGACCUUGGAAGAAUUGUUAUUUUUUUCUCUCCUUAUAGGAUCAAUUUGAUUUACUUUUAGUUAUAUUGGACAAAAUUAUUGGACAAGUGGCCGUUACGUCAUAAAAAGUGAACACUUCACUCUUAUGUGAACAGGACUCUGGCCUCUCAAUCCAACGAAUGUGUUAGACGGCCUCCAACAACAUGUACAGGUGCACAGGCAUGCUGCAAGGAAAAGGGGCCUUACCUCAAACGUAUUAUUGUAUGCCACAAAAUAUUGGCAACACUCUGCGUAAAUCCCAUGUGACACAUUUGGAGGCGCCACCUUAAUCUUUGUGAUUCUUUGGUUUUAGGUGUGUCUGUACACACGUCACAUAGAAGCCUAGUUGGAAAGCUGUCCUUCAUCUAAUGAGUGAUUGAAGUCUUAACAAGUUGAAAGUCAUUCAUCACCCUAAUAAGUGUGAAAUGUGACAAAGUGGUGAUUGUGAUUAAACAAAUGAUGAUGAAAUCCAGGACUGUCAGUUUUAGUAAUUACAUUGCACUUUUAUAGGAAUUGGCAGAACAAGGAAACACAGAGAUUUACAGAGGGCAGGUCUUUUCAACAGGCGGCCAAAAUGCCAACAAGGUUCAGUUGAAAACUUGUGAGAUAAAAUUUUUUGCAGCAAAUUCCUAAAAAAAAGUGAGUGCCCCUGUUUUAUAGAGGAACUUGGACCACUGUAAACACUUGGCAUUUUAACCUUGCUAGUGUGUCAGCUUUGCAUAGUGGGGCGGGGCGGGAACCCGUGUCGCCCGAAUAAUAGUUAAGUGUGCUAGCCACUUGGCCAAAAACCCGAGCUGCCAACUCAGUGGUCAGUACACUCUUUUAAGUUGUCAGGGAGUGAGGUUUACGAACGUCCACCUGGCGCAGUCACACUGGCUGGCUCCCGUUACACAAGCAAACAUAGAACACCGGGGUCCAAACUUGUGAUUUACAUCUCUGAGGCAUUCCUGAGGGCACCUCUUUAAGUCCCUUUUUCGUAAUGUGAGUAAUGUAACUAAGGUGUUGCUAUAGCUUGUUUAUUUGUAAGUUCAGUUUAAAAAAAAAAAUGUGAAACUCACAUUUUUGCAGCAGAUUCUUAAAAUCACUAGAGUGUACCGAAUUUUUCGGACUAUAAGUCACAGUUUUUUUCAUAGUUUGGCCAUGGGUGUGACUUAUACUCAGGAGCUACUUAUGUGUGAAAUUAUAACACAUUACCGUAAAAUAUCAAAUAAUAUUAUUUAGCUCAUUCACGUAAGAGACUACGCGUAUAAGAUUUCAUCGGAUUUAGCAAUUAGGAGUGACAGAUUGUUUGGUAAACAUAUAGCAUGUUCUAUAUGUUAUAGUUAUUUGAAUGACUCUUACCAUAAUAUGUUACGUUAACAUACCAGGCACCUUCUCAGUUGGUUAUUUAUGUGUCAUAUAACGUACACUUAUUCAGCCUGUUGUUCACUAUUCUUUAUUUAUUUUAAAUUGCCUUUCAAAUGUCUAUUCUUGGGGUUGGGUUUUGUCAAAUAAAUUUCCCCCCAAAAAUGCGAUUUAUACUCCAGUGUGACUUAUAUAUGUUUUUUCCCUUCUUUAUUAUGCGUCAUAUAACGUACACUUAUUCAGCCUGUUGUUCACUAUCCUUUAUUUAUUUUAAAUUGCCUUUCAAAUAUCUAUUCCUGGGGUUGGGUUUUAUCAAAUAAAUUUCCCCCAAAAAUUGCGACUUAUACUCCAGUGCGACUUAUAUAUGUUUUUUCCCUUCUUUAUCAUGUUUUUUUGGCAGGUGCGACUUAUACUCCG